GCCAUGUGCAUCAGUCAGCUCGGAGUCCCUCCACCAUGAAGUCAGUGAUCGCCCUCUUGUGCUUAGCCUCCGUGGCUCUCGCCGCCCCCCAGUCAACCAACCUGAGUCCGGACCAUCACGCCAAAACCAUUCGGGACGAGAGAGUCGACCACGGCGACGGAAACUUCAACUACGUCUUCGCCGUCGACAACGGCAUCGAGACGGAGGUGGCCGGUUCCCCGGGUGCCGAAGGAGCUGUCACCAUGAGAGGAUAUUACAUUUUGCCCCUGGAAACUGGAGGAUCCGCCCGUGUUGAAUUCGUGGCCGACACACAAGGAUUCCAGCCUUCCAGCGACAUAUUCCCAACUCCUCACCCUCUCCCUGAACACGUCCACGAACUCCUCCGAAUUGCUGAGGAAUUCGAACGACAGGGCAGUCAGAUUCGACGAACAAGGACACGCAUCAACUAAGCAUUGUGUUCCAGG